AAAACGUUUGGCUAAAACUUGGUAUCAAACCUUGACAAAAUUUAGAUCUGUCAAAUAAUAAAAAUCCUACAAAAUCAGAAAUCAAAAAUUGUAUUGGUCAAAGAAAAAAAAAAGGGUAGGAUGGCAGAAAUACAGGCAAAUUGGUCCUGCCCGGUGAGAGUCAUGGAAAGAUACCCCUGGCUUAACUUUCUUUUCAACCAAAAAAUGCCAUCUAUUAAAAAAAAAACAAAAAGAAAACACCAUAAAGAAUUUUAGUAAAAUAGGGGCUGGGGGCGUGGCUUAAGUAUUACAGCGCCUCGUGCCUAACAAGCACAAAGCCUUGAAUUUAAACCCCAGUACCGCCUCUCUCCCCAAACUUAGUAAAGUAACAAAAAUAGAAGAAAUAUGGAAAUGGUGUAAGUAUUCGCUGUAAGAAAACCGAUCAAGAAAUAGGGAGGCUCGCCAGGCGCCCGUGGCUCACCCUGCAAUUCUAGCUACUCAGAAGGCCGAUACCAAGAUGAUCGCAAUUAGCGGCCAGCCGGGACAAACUGUUCGGGAGACACUCUUGAAACCACCUAACACAAAAAAGGGCUGGCGGAAUAGCUCAAGUGGUAGAGCGCCUGCCUAGCUACGGUGAGAUCCUGAGUUCAAACCCCAGUACCGCCGGAAAAAAAAGAAAAGUCUCACAGAUUUGUUUUAUAAACACUCUUUCCACGACCCGCUGACACAGCGCCCAACCGGGUCUUCCCCUCUCGCCCUGGGCCGGUGCGCCCUCUCCACAGCGCACCCACCUCUAGCCCGCCUUUUUAGGGACUCGCUACCCUCCUUUCCCUUCCCUUAGGCUGGCCGGCACCUCAAGCAGGUCAAGAGCUGUAACCCAGACUACAGUGUUGCAGAACCACCACCCUCCGAAGACGCGCGAACACCAGCGGAAGCGCGUUGCAGCACGGGGCACACUGGGAAUGAGAGUUCCAGCCAAGGCCGCGCUGAGCACGCCGGGAGUUGGAGUCGCAGCCUCGCAGUCCGUGAGGAGCAGCUACGAGGGGCGGGGCCAGCGACUCGAGGGCGCAGGCGCACAGCUCCUCGAGGGCAGCAUGGCGGACGUAGCGCCUCAACCCAAGAGAAAGCGCGAACUGGACGCUGAGGAGGCAGAAGCUCCAAGACCAGAAGAAAAGGAAGACGGCACUGGAAAUGGUACUUCUGCCCCGGUGCGCUUACCGUUCUCCGGAUUUAGAGUGCAAAAAGUGCUGAAGGAGUCUGCGCGGGACAAAAUCAUAUUCUUGCACGGGAAGGUGAAUGAGGACUCUGGGGAUGGAGAAGAUGCUGUUGUGAUCCUGGAGAAGACACCAUUUCAGGUAGAACAGGUGGUGCAGCUCCUGACAGGCAACCCUGAGCUCCAGUUGCAGUUCUCCAAUGAUAUCUAUAGCACCUAUCACCUGUUCUCUCCAAGGCAACUGAGUGACAUAAAGACAACCGUGGUGUACCCUGCCACAGAGAGACACCUGCAGAAGUACCUGCGCCAGGACCUCCACCUGAUCCGAGAGACAGGAGAUGACUACAAAAACAUCACCUUACCCCACCUGGAGUCCCAGAGCCUCAGCAUCCAGUGGGUGUAUAACAUUCUCGACAAGAAGGCUGAAGCUGACCGGAUUGUUUUUGAGAACCCGGAUCCCUCUGAUGGCUUUGUCCUCAUCCCAGAUCUCAAGUGGAACCACCAGCAGCUUGAUGACCUGUAUUUGAUUGCCAUCUGCCAUCGCCGGGGCAUCAGAUCACUUCGGGAUCUUACUCCAGAGCACCUGCCACUGCUCAGAAAUAUCCUCCAGGAAGGACAAGAAGCCAUCUUGCAGCGCUACCAGGUGAAAGGAGACCGCCUGCGAGUGUACCUGCACUACCUACCCUCCUACUACCACCUGCACGUGCACUUCACCGCCUUGGGCUUCGAGGCCCCUGGCUCCAGUGUGGAGCGGGCCCACCUGCUGGCGGAGGUGAUUGAAAACUUGGAGUAUGACCCCAAGCACUACCAGCAGCGCACUCUUACUUUCACCCUCAGGGCUGAUGACCCCCUGCUCAGGCUACUGCAUGAGGGCAGGAGACCCUGAGCAUGUGUGGAGGGAAGGGCACAGAUGUGCAGGGUUUGGAAUAGUGUGGGGGGCUAGGUUUUUAAUCUUCAAGGGAAUUUUUUAAAAUGUAUUUUGUACUGGCUUCUUCUUCAUAUGAGA